AUGACAAAGGAUUCAAAAGAUGUUUGGGCUGAAAUGAAGAAAUGGCAGGAUGAAUUCUCUGCGAAAGACUCAUUACUCUCUAAAAUAAAGCCUAUUAAUGACCAGGUUCUUCCAAAUAUUCGCAAACCAACCGUUAUCACUCUGGAUGGUACAAAACCAGCUGGAAUCCAGUCUUUUAUGAGCAACCGAAAGGGUAAACAAGUGGAGAAUAAACCAACAGCCGUACCUUUGAAAAAAUCCGACACUCCAAAAUUAUCGCGUACAGACAAGGCUUUGGCUGAGAAGGAAAAGGGCAACGCAUUUUUCCGGGCAGGAGACAAUAAAAAUGCAGCACUCCAUUAUGGAAAUGCUAUCGAUUUGGAUCCUACAACCGCUGUUUAUUUUGUGAACCGAGCCAUGGCUUAUUUAAAGCUAAAAAAUUAUCUUGAGGCAGAGAAAGACUGUAGUCGUGGCCUUCAAUUACAGCCUUGCAACGUUAAAGCUCUUUGGAGAAGAGGUACUGCCUUGCGUGAACUUGGUCGAUUUGAAGAAGCGAGAAAAGAUCUUGAACUUGCCUUGGAGUUGGAGCCUGGAAGCAAAGCAAUUGUUGAAGAAUUGGCAAAAAUACCAAUCAAAAAGAAGCCAUCAACCCCACCAGUGGCAAACCCGGCUAUUAAGAUUCCUGCUUCUGCUUCUGCUCCUGCUACUUCACCAGUUCCAAAAACAGUUGAUCGAAGACGUCUUCCCAUCAAAGUUGUAGACGAAUACUAUUCCAAUUCGGACAAAAUCCAACCACUGGCCGAAAAAGCACCUAGCCCUAAACCUAAAUUACCAACUGUCUCAGUAAAGCCUGCUGAUAAUCUGAACAAACCCUCAGUUGCUGCACCCGUAGAAAAGCCUUCCGCUCUGAAACAAUCAACCAGCAGGAUUUCUGUCGUAGAAUCUUCCCAAGAACACACUUUAAAUCCAUCAGCAAAUAUCGCAACCAGUCCUGCCUCAAAUACUGAUUCAGCUCCAGCUACUGCUACUACUACUACUGCUGCUGCUGCUGCUGCUGCUGCUGUACCUCACGGAUUUCCUACAAAUGCUCCACCUGUAAAGCUGGUUUGUCCCCGUACAAACUUUGAAUUCGAAAGAGACUGGAAGACAUGUAAACAUCGUGGUGAUGAUAUGCUAUACAAUUAUUUGCAAUGUAUUCCACCAUCUUCGUAUGCAACUCUUUUCAAGUCUUCUCUUGAAUCAGACCAAUUUGAAAAGAUGAUCGAGAUCCUGGAUUCACAUUAUAUUCCUAACAAAACUGGACAAGAGAUAGUGGAUGUCCUGUCUAACCUCAGUAAAGUCAAACGUAUUGACAUGCUUGUCAUGUUUUUGGAUAAGAAACAUAUUCAAGCUCUUCAAAGACUCUUUGAGAAAUCCAAGGGAUCUGUAAAUAUUAAUCUACUAACAAGACUUUCCAAGAUUUACAGUGUCAAGCUGUAA